AUGUCGGCCGAUCCUCCAAAUGGUGCCGAAAACGCACCUGCUGUCGCGCAGCCCGCUGAACGCAAGAACAGCGUCUCCCAGCAGUCAGAAGCAUCCCAGACCGCGGCAGAAUUCAUUCGGGACCAGGAGCUUCUUGAAGCCGACGCGCGCGAAGCCCUUCCAUACAGCAUCGAGUCCUGUACCAAGAUUCUUGGAUCCCUCCGACAAAACGUCUUCGCGUGCCUCACCUGCAACCCAGCCCCGGCAUCCUCAGCGCAAAAAUGGGUUCCAGCUGGCGUCUGCUAUGCCUGCUCCAUCAGCUGCCACGGUGAACACACACUUGUCGAGAUCUUCCAGAAGCGAAAUUUCACUUGCGACUGCGGAACAACCAGAAUUCCAUCGUCGACAUCAUGCAGCCUUCGUACAAACAACGAGACCAAUACCAAGGGUGGGGUUCAUUCAGAAGAGCCCGACGCGAACAACAAGUACAACCAGAACUUCCAGAACCGCUUCUGUGGUUGCGAGUGCGAUUACGACCCAUUCCAGCAGAAGGGAACCAUGUUCCAGUGUCUGGGCUUGGGAACUGCGGAGACGGGAGGAUGUGGCGAGGAUUGGUAUCACCCAGGUUGCCUAGUUGGCAUGGGACCAGACUGGUUUGAAAAGAUGCCAUCUUCCAAGAAGGAUGUUAAACCCUCCACUGAAGCACCCGGUGCUCCCCUUACCACAAUCAAAGAGGAUGCCGAGAACAAGCCAGAUGGCGAGACACCCAAUGCAGACCAGCAAGCCGAUGCAGAGAAUGAGGAUGACGAGCCCCCCAAUCCUCCCGGAUUCCCUGAAGAGGACGAGUUCGAGGGAUUCUUGUGCUAUAAAUGCGUCGCUGCCAACCCUUGGAUCAAAUCAUAUGUUGGCACAUCGGUGUUUCUGCCUCCUGUAUUUCUCAACCAACCCACUCCAGCAGAGAAGCCUGAGGAAGAAGGCACCUCCAAGAAACGAAAGGCAGAUGACGAGACGCUGGGUGAUGAAGAAACGGCGAAGCGAGCCAAAACCGAAGACAGCUCAGAUGUCUCGGCAGACACCAAGCCUACACAGCAAGCUACCACGGAUGCCACCGAGAAGGGCACAGUACCUUCUGACUGCAAGCAUGUCAACCUGCCGACACCACCCUCCGAACCUUUUUCGCUUUUCUUCAAAGAAGGUUUCCGUGACCAGUUCUGCCGUUGCUCCAGCUGCUACCUGAAGCUGAACGACCACCCCCAACUCCUCGAGGAGGAGGAAGUGUACGAACCACCCCUGUCGGAAGAUGGCGAGUCGCAACAUGGCGGCUCGACCAAGGGCAGUGGCAGUCUACUGGAGCGUGGGGAGAGCGCCCUGCGAAAUGUUGACCGAGUGCGCGCCAUUGAGGGCGUCAUGGCCUACAACCACCUCAAGGAGAAGCUCAAGCCCUUCUUCCAGCAGUUUGCAGAUAGCGGACAGGCGAUUGGAGCAGAGGACAUCAAGACCUACUUUGCGAAGCUUCGAGGUGAUGAGGAGGGGAUCAAGCAAGCGGGUGAAGCUGCUGCCUCGUCCAAGGAUGAGCAGGGUGGGGGUGAUGACAGCCGCCGUGAGCAGAGCGGCUACUAA